CUCCCGUCCGUCUACUGUUUCACUGCCCAUUGACAGUACCGGCCGGGCGACUCGACCUUUAGUUCUUUUGCUUGCGACGAGACCCGACAUCUCGCCACUCCAACCCAUCCAGCUGGGUCGGCAGCUUCCCAUUCAACACCAUAUUCGACAAACCAUGUUUGAUCCCAACUACUCGAUGGAGGAUCAAGGGCAGCCAGUUGCCGCUGAGCAGCCGACUAACACACGCGAUGAUGAUAAUCACACAGCCCCCGAUGUCGAUGGCUUCCUUCUAGACGGAAUCCCAAUCGGCCAUCAUGUGAGGAUGCAAGAGCAAUUACGCAGCCAGCAACGCAACUAUGUACGGCGUCACCACGUUGCACGGCGACGACAACGACCGCCGUCGCACCACAAGGUUCAGAAACGACCUUCAUUAACCUCGACCCCAUCGACAUCGUGGUCCAUGACAAGCGCGGCAAGAACAACAUCAGCGACGUCAACAGCUUCAGCACCUGCAUCCACAUCCGCAUCCGCAUCUGCAUCCACAGCAGCUCCAGUGCCUUCGUUCCAACCUUCGCCGCUAGCGACAGAACCGGCUCCACAAUCCGCAUCUCCAUCUGCUCGGCAUGUCGUCGACAAGCUGGCACACGAGCUCAGCGUCCAAAACCUGCAACGGGAGGCUCUUCAACUGGAGGCCAAAUCCUUUGUGCAACAGCAACAGCAGCAACAACCGUCCCAGGAGCAGGAGCAGCAGCAGCAGGAGCCCUUGUCACCGCCGACUGCCAUGUCGCUGGUACCCGAUCCCGCUACCACCACUACUGCCGAUCAUCAAUCCUGGGCGGGAAUCGGCAGCCUUGAGGUGGAUGACGGGAUUGAAAUGGAUGAUGCAUUCGAACUCGAAGACGCGAACCUUCAAUCUCUACUUCCCCCUUCCUUCCGCAAGAAUGAUUACUCUUCCAGUGCCACAUCCUCGAUACCAAAUGCGUCGUCAUCGUCGUCAGGAAACACACUGGAGAGUAGGCGACAGCGACCCGAAAAGAGGCAAUCAGAACAUAAAGCCCAUACACAAUCGCGGAGCAUUCAGGCCCUGGUGGAGGAAAAGGUCGAAACUGGUACCCAGUGUAACGUUCGAAGUGCUCCUCUUCCAACGCCUUCAGCACCCGUUCUAUCGAAACUAGACGACUUGAACGUUGACCACGGUUUUGAUUUUGCAUCAAUGGAGUUGGAGGUCGACGAGCGCUACCGUGACGGAACCGUUGAUGUGUUGGAGGAAGAACGGGCACUGCUCGAGUCGAUACAAGUACGGCGCGCCGGUAGUGGGUCGGCGGGUAUCCGGAAACACAUGGUCGAGGGGAGUCUCCCUCUCCAUUACCAGUUGUCGGCCGAGGCAGCCAUGCGAUGCGCAACCGUGGUACGGAGUCGGCCCCGAAUGCGCAGGCGGAAAGAGCACGGAACAGGCAGUGUGACCUCGUCGGUUGCGUACUCGACCAACUCGUCUCCCAUGGCACAGCCUGUACAACCCUCGGAACAACUGCCAUCACGAUACGUGCCAGCGAUACCAUCAUCGUCAUAUCGCACGCCGCCAUGA